GAUAAUAGUUACCCAGUGAUAAUCAUCAGUGACGAUCUUUCUUUGUGGAUUAUUUGUGCAUGUUACUUGUAUAACAAUUCAGUGCAGAUUAAAAUCGACUUUUGCUGGUUUCGUCUAAGAAAUAUCUACACUCGAACUCAAUAACGGCGUCGAUCAUUACCUCGAGGGAAAGAAAUUGUCAAUUGACAACGUGGGCGAAAGACUGCGUAUUUUCUUUAAUUGAUGUGCAACCAGUGGAUGUAAAAGAAAUAUUUUACGAUGAAUAAAGAGGAUUCUCCGCAAAUCAGUGAACCUACCUACUCGCAUGUCUUCAACUUCGAAAAAGCCUACUCUUAUCCAGACUCUCAAACAUGGUUCCAGAAUAAUUUUCAGUAUUGCUACUACAGCUGUAUUAUUUACGCGAUCCUAAUUUUGGGCGGGAAAUACUACAUGUCGAGCAGACCAAAGUUUGAUUUGAAGCGUCCGCUUGCAUUAUGGAGUGGAUUCCUUGCAGUGUUCUCCAUUAUCGGAUUUUGUAGAACAGCACCGGAAAUGUUCUCUAUAUUGAGACAUCACGGAUUUUACCAUAGUAUUUGCAUACCUAGUCACCUUUUGCAAAAUCAUGUUUCUGGCUUUUGGACAUGGGUAUUUGUCCUAUCAAAGAUCGUAGAAUUUGGCGAUACGAUCUUCAUUGUGUUACGAAAGCAACCAUUGAUAUUUCUACAUUUUUACCAUCAUUUAAUUGUUGUUCCUUACUCUUGGUUCCUAUAUGUGGAGACUACAGCAGCCUCAAGGUGGUAUGCCGUAAUGAACUACUUUGUUCAUUCAUGGAUGUAUUCUUAUUAUACUUUGAAAGCAAUGCAAUACAAAUUACCAAAAGGCUUUGCCAUGAUGAUUACUACGAUGCAGCUGGUACAAAUGGUGAUUGGUUGCUUUGCAACUAUUGCGGCUUACUAUUACCGAGAAAGUUGCGAACUUCAAUGCUACACUACGCACAAAAAUUUUAUAUUUAGUUUCAUCAUCUACUUCAGUUUUUUAAUCCUAUUUGGAAAUUUCUUCAUCAAGGCUUAUUUUUUCGACAAACGGAAAAACAAAGUCGGAGAGAACGUUCACGUCAAUGGAACAAAGGAUUGUUAUAAACCAAAGACUAGCUGAAGUAUAUCAAAGUUUUUGAAAUUUUUUUCUAUAAACGCUUUCUGAUAAUAUUUUAUAAAAACACUUAUAACGUGUUGUAGGAAUCUGUAUUAGUUUACAACGAUAGAAAUUCGUUGUAACAUAAUGCAAGUGAUAAGAUAUUUAUUUAAUGUAAAACAUUUAGUAUAUUUGAUGUUAAGGUAUGGGAUAUAAUGGUUCCCCAAAAAGUUGCUCGUGAACAAGUUAGAAUAAAUGGAAAAUCAAGAGUGAAAUUUCGUUAAGCAUAUCUUCGAAAUAUGUUUAGAUAACAAUAGUAAAAAAAUGGAUUCAUAAAAAAUAAGAUACAUUCAGAUAUGUGAUUUUAACUGUAUUUUUGUUCACCGAAUAAAUUUAUUCUUAAGUA